UUAAUAACAGAAGCUUUGCAGGGAAAUUUAGUUUUGAAAUAGUUACUCCAAAAGGGUUCUACAGCAUUUAAUUUUUGUUUUGCAAAUAAAAAAGCAAAGAAAUGUUGGAUAGCCAAAAUAGUGACCGAAUAGAAAUGUGCAACAUCCUCAAAGCCUUAUUUAUUAUACUCGGCAUUGCAUUAUUGUAUAAUAGUCAACAAAACUCCAAAUCAAGUCCAGCUAUAGUUGUUCGUGUAAAUGAUCCAAAAUUCACUGUACUAGGACCGUAUAAUACAACAGAGUAUGAAGUCGAUGAUCUAAACGACCAACUGAUCGAUUUGAAGAAUUUUACCUUCAAAGUGAAUCCACAACCUUGUCAAGGUUAUGAUGCUGGUUUGCUAUUGGUUGUAAUAAUUUCUUCCAACCCAAAUAACUGUGAGAAACGAUCAGUUAUACGUAAGACAUGGGGCCGUCCCACAGACACUACCAAAGUGGUCUUUCUAUUGGGCGAUCCUGAGAAUAUUACGAUUUCAAAGAGAAUCGAUAAUGAAAGCACUACUCAUGGUGAUAUUGUACAAGGAAAUUUUAAAGACGCAUAUCGAAACAUGACGUAUAAACAUGUUAUGGGUCUAAAAUGGGUAGCGCAUCACUGUCCAAUGGCUAAAUAUGUCUUAAAGACUGAUGACGACGUGGUUGUAAAUUCCCAUGCUCUGCGGCAGUUUCUAGCCAGAGAAUUAUCCCCAUGGGGAGCCAGCUCACUAAUCACCUGCCAAGUUUUACAAAACGCAAAAGUUCAAAGAAGUCGUUCUAAAUGGAUAGUAUCAAAAAAUGAAUAUGCUGGUGGUUUUUACCCGACUUAUUGUGCAGGCUGGGCAGUCCUUUACUCGCAAGACGUAAUUCCAAGACUUUUGACCGUAGCUCAGAAUAUACCAUAUUUCUGGAUUGACGAUGUCCACGUAACUGGGGUCAUAGCCGAGAUGAUUGGAGUGACACGUACACCGUUAUCAAGUCUUAUAUUGAGCAGUAAAAGAAUGAAUCUUCUUACGUCGUUGGGACCAGAGUAUGCUGGGCAGUUUUUGUUUGGUCCACCGGACUUGACUGUUGAUAAAGUGUCCCAGAUCUGGAAGGCUAUACCUGAAUAAAUAUCAUAUUGGAAGCCUACUGCCUUGUUAAGGUAAAAGUAGUUAUUAAUAUGGACGAUGUUAAAAAUGUAUAAGAGUUUGCUUAUACAUUUCAGUAUCAUAAUAUUUAUAAUAUUCCUAAAUGUGCUUAUUUGGUAUAUAUAAGCACAUUUAGGAAUGCAUCAACAAUGGCAUGUAUAAUUGAAAUUGUCU